GCUUCUGUUCUGUCAAUGCAACUGAAUGCUAUCUUUGUUGGGUUUUGGCUUAAAUGGCAUACAAGUUCUGGCUCCAUCGAAAAAGAGAAAAAGGAAAGAAAAGAGAGUGUUUUUGUAAUAAUAUAGAAGUAGUGGUGAUUGACAACUAACGGUGCAAAUGAUAAAAAAAAAAGGUGAUGAAAUUACUGUUGCAGAUAUAUCUUAGACCGGGGAGGAAUGAUAAUUUUACAUCUUGCUCAAUUGUUACCUUUUAAUUGCUCUUACAUACUUCAAUCCAAUUAAUCCCUCGUGAGUUGUGUAUCAUACAUUAGAAUGGAACUUAGUUGUGUAUCAUACAUAAGCCAUAGACAAAGAAUGGCAAUGAAGCGGCCCUACACCUUAUAAGGACAAGAAAAAUACGAUGGGGUACAGACUUUUGUAAGCAUGGACAGAUCUAUGUUGUUUAGCCAUAUGAUAUCAUACAUUAGAAUGAUAUGUUUUCCAUAAUUAACUGAAUCCCACAGAAAAUCAGGAUCCUUUGGAAGUUAUUGUUUCCAUUUUGCAAUUAGAGUUUUAGUACAUGAAACUAGGAUAGAGAGCUGACACAUUGGAGGAACGGGAAGAGCCACAUUAGCAAUGCUUUCUUUUGGUAAAACGGUAAUUGAGGAAGGGACUGAUAUAGGAAAAGGUACCUUGACAAUAAUGCUAGAAAAGCGUUUAUUCAAAAGCUUGGAACCAGCAUUGGCGUGAGAAACAUGUCAAUGGAUGUGUCCUAGACUUUCUCGUGAAUCAUGGCUCGGCAAAAAAAAGUUGGGGAGAAAUCUCUUCUUUCUCUCUCUACCUUUGUCCAGGCUGCUCGAAACAAUGUGCUUCUUGCUGUUCCAGCUUUCCUAUAUGCAAUUAGCAAUUAUUUAAAGUUUAUUAUGCAGCUUUACUUUAAUCCUGCGACGGUGAAGAUGCUGGGCAACCUGAAGGUUCUGGUGAUUGCUGUGUUGUUGAAGAUGAUCAUGAAACGGAGAUUCUCGAUCAUUCAGUGGGAAGCUCUUGCUCUAUUGCUCAUUGGAAUUAGUGUGAAUCAGUUACGAACUCUGCCCGAGGGCUCCUCUGCAAUGGGUCUUCCAGUUGCAACAGGAGCAUACUUGUACACACUAAUUUUUGUUAGUGUUCCAUCAUUCGCAUCAGUCUACAAUGAGUAUGCUUUGAAGAGUCAAUUUGAGACUAGCAUUUACCUUCAGAACCUUUUCCUGUAUGGAUAUGGUGCCAUAUUCAACUUCCUAGCCAUUCUUGUGACUGCCAUAUUUAAAGGUCCUAGUAGCUUGGAUAUACUACAUGGGCAUUCAAGAGCUACCAUGCUGUUGAUAUGUAACAAUGCAGCACAAGGGAUUUUAUCAUCUUUCUUUUUCAAAUAUGCAGAUACAAUUUUGAAAAAGUACUCGUCAACAGUAGCAACAAUUUUUACAGGAAUAGCAUCUGCUGUACUUUUUGGUCAUGCCCUGACUAUGAAUUUUAUCUUAGGAAUCUCUAUUGUGUUUAUCUCCAUGCACCAGUUCUUUUCACCACUUUCAAAGGUUAAGGAUGAACCACGGGAUGAUAGUCUGGAAAUGGUUGAUAGUCAGAACAGCCAGAGGUCUAAGGAUUCAUCCUUCAUAAAUAUGACAGCUGGAGCCAAUGAUGAUGCUAGUCAUCAUGUUGGACAUGAUGAGAAGGCACCUCUGCUUCCCAUAUAGAGUUUUCAGUGGGUAGGAUCCACACUAUAGUUUUCUGAUGCUUAAGCUAUAACAGCGAGUAGACUUGCUUUUUCCCCACAAAGACAAGGACCCCCGCAACUACUGAUAUUGCAUGGAUGCACAGAUCAUCUACCUAUGAAUGAAAUUCCCCGAGUCUGUUCUGUUGGUCUAGUUGGCAACUACAAGAGUUAGGACCUUAGAUAUGCGCACAAAAAUAUUUAGAGGCGUGGUGCCUUGCACUGAUCGAAGAAGAGAAGAUAUUCAUGAAGACGUUCUAUUAGGCUUGUCUACCUGAGCUUAUUUAUUUACUGUCUAAAGUUUUGCCUGUCACACAUGGAACAAUAGAACAUCCGAAUGUGAAGGAUCUCAUGAAAAUUAUUGGCAAAAGCUGAGAAACACAACAUCACAAAUGAAAGCACAGAAUCAGUGACAAAAAGCCCAAAUUAGUAGCGAGACAAGAAAAACCCUGAAAGCUCCCCGCUGACCACUCACGGACUCCGUUUUGCCAAGCCAAAUGAUUGAUUUCUUUUUCAUGUCCCCAUGUUAUUUACUACACCUUUUUUUUUUCUUUGAUAUCUCAGUGCAGAGAUGCUCUUGGUCUGUACAUUCAUAGAGGGUGGAUAUAUAAAUAUAGCUGAGAAGAUUACCAGCUUUAGCAACACAAUAGUAUAUAUGCUGUGUAAAAGAAAUUCUUUAUUUCAUAUCAGGAUUCCCUA